AUGGCACUGCUCGGAAAUCUAACAGCAAGCCCCACGGCCGCCAUCAUUCGUAAGAUGCGGCAGGCGCAGCGCGCCGACGGCCCAGCGUCCGUGCUGGCUAUCGGAACGGCGAACCCGGCGAACUGCGUGCGCCAGGACGAGUACGCGGACUACUACUUCCGCGUCACCCAAAAGCAGCACCUCACCAAGCUCAAAUCCAAGCUCAACAGAAUCUGUGACAGGUCGGCCAUCAAGAAGCGCUACUUCCACCACACGGAGGAGUUGCUGCAGCAUCACCCGGAGUUCAUCGACCGCACGUUGCCAUCCCUAGAUGCCCGGAUGGACAUCGCGGCCACCGCCGUUCCGGACCUCGCGGCAGCGGCAGCGGGCAAGGCCAUCGCGGAGUGGGGCCGCCCAGCCGCCGACAUCACCCACCUCGUCGUCAGCACCUACUCCGGCGCCCACAUGCCGGGCGUCGACCUCCGCCUGGCCUCCCUCCUCGGCCUCGACCCGUCCGUCCGCCGCACCAUGCUCUACCUCAACGGCUGCUCCAGCGGGUCCGCCGCGCUCCGCGUCGCCAAGGACAUCGCCGAGAACAACCGCGGUGCCCGCGUCCUCGUCGCCUGCGCCGAGCUCACCCUCAUCUUGUUCCGCGCGCCCGACGAGGCCCACGUCGACACGAUCAUCAUGCAGGCUCUCUUCGGCGACGGCGCGGCCGCCGUGAUAGUCGGAGCCGAACCCGACGCCUCCGCCGAGCGCCCGAUUUUCGAGAUGGUGGCCGCCUCGCAGAGCGUGAUACCUGAGAGUACGCACGGCGCGGUGGGGCGACUUCGGGAAGACGGGCUCGUCUUCAACCCUUCCUUCGAGAUGCCGGCGCUGAUCCGGGAAAACAUCGAGCAGUGCAUGGCCGACGCAGUCGGGCCGCUUGGGUUGAGCGGUGGCUGGAACGACCUUUUCUGGGCGGUGCAUCCCGGCGGGCGGGCAAUCUUGGACAGCGUGGAGGCGGGACUCCGGUUGGAGCCCAAGAAGCUGACGGCAAGCCGACAUGUACUCAGUGAGUACGGAAACAUGUCCGGGCCGACAGUGAUCUUCGUCCUCGACGAGAUCCGCCGCCGUCGUGAGCAUGUGGUGGGUCGCCACGGUCUGGGUGUAUUGCUUGGGCUCGGACCGGGUGUCACGGUUGAGACGAUGGUGUUGCGUGCCGCCUGUGGUAGCUAA